CAAUGUACCAAAGAAUAGAAAAAAAUGAAUGGUCUGGCAACGAAGCUGUCGAAGUGAAGGUUUUCAAUAAAACCAAAAAGGAAGUUCUAAAACUCUUGGAAUCUAGGAAGAACGAAAAUACGCGUAUAGAAAAAUUAAAAUCUUUCAGAGAUAAUGAA